AUGAGGCUCUAUGAUACAGCUAAUAUGAUUGUCCACUGCAGCCGGAGCAGACGUGGCUGUCACUCUGCCUGUGUGGGAUGGGGGUGGGGCGAUUAUGAGGGGUGUGUUGGGAGGGGGGGUCAGGGCAACUGCGAAGUGUCCCGUAACGCCAAGAGGAUAAAACAGCAUAUGGCGCGGGGGGCCUGGUACUCCAACCCCGGCUUUAAAGACUUCACCUUUGACAAAAAAAUACAAGAACUUUGCCACAUGGAGCUGCAGUUACAAGAGAGGGGAGAGUUUUCCGAGGCUGGCAGAAUGCAUUGGCAGAUCUAG